CCAUAAGGCACAACAAAAAAGAACGGACCCAUUACUUGUUAUUGUCUAUUAUCAAUCCUCACCCCAUUUGUGGCUAGCAAAUGUCUGCCACUAUGGUUAAGUCUUAUUUGUAAACUUGUUUAACUUAAACUUUAACUUAAACUCCCGUGGACGUUGCGGAUCAUUAUUUUCGAGGUCAAAUUACGUUUGUAAGUCUCACGAUAUCCAUUGGUUUUUCUCAGUGAUAUUUAGAUACGUAACGCGUUCUCGAGUUCACACAAUGGAGGAAUACGACGAACCUUCCGAUGUUGAGAUGGUGCCUAUCGAGGAUAUAGAUAAGUGGAGAGCGAAUUUGAAACCAGAAUCACAAUUCCUUCAGAUGCAAUCAUUGGACAGUCACUCUGAGAGACCCACGGAUACAUUUACAACAGGCAUAGAUAUAUUCAGUAAAGAAGAAAGAUUGAAGAUGGAGGAACGAGCUAAGCGUUUUGGCUUGACAGAGAAAUCUACAGAAUCAUUUAAUUUAGAAGAGGACUUAUAUAGCAGUAUGGGUAUCAUAGAUGAUGGUGAGAAUGCGAAGAAUGUUAGGUUGAAUGUUAUUCAUAUGAGAGGAACUGAGGAUAUGAGCACCCAAGAUGUAUUUACAUAUUUUCAAGAUUAUGCUCCAAGAUCUAUUGAAUGGAUUAACGAUGUGUCAUGUAAUGUAGUCUGGUUUGAUAAAGUAACAGCAGCCAGAGCUAUGCUGGGAUUAUCCAAAAGAAUUUUAGGUAGUGUUGCAAAGUAUUCAAAUCCAGAAAAUAAUGAUUCUGAGAAUAGAAAGAAUGACAAGAUAAAUGAAGAAAAUGAAUCUGUCGAUAUAAAUAAAGAUGGAAAGGAGGAGAAUUGCAUAAAUAUCAAAGAUAUCAAUUAUCCAUUACCUCCAGGUAUAUGGAGGAAGGGUAUCGAUUAUCCAAAAUCUAAAGGAAUCUUUUUAAGAUUUGCUACCAGGACGGAUAAAAAACAACUCAAUGCAGAAAAGAAGAGUGAAUACUAUAGGAAGUAUGGAAAUCCUAACUUUGGAGGUAUUAAAGGAAUUCUAACAGAAUCUCGUAAGCGUAUGUACAAACAAAUAAAACAGACUAAACAUAAUAAGUCAUCAAUUGAGGAAAAAAAUCAAGAUCAAACAAAGAAUCCAUGGGGCGCGUUGUCUGAGUCAUGGGGUUUGAAUGAUGUUGUGGAGGAAGAUUUUCUUCCAAGGAAUGGUGUUAAAGACCAAGGACGUAGCAUAAAAGAGAGAUUGGGUCUCAAACAGGUAGAUAAGGAUACAAUACAAGCGGAGGAAUCGGGUGAGACCAGUUCGAAUAGCGAUAGCGAUGAAGAUUGGUGUAAACGUAGUAAAAUUCCCCGAAUGAGAAUGCAUGCCGAUGAUGAGGAAGAAAAAGUGCAGAAACGACGAGCGAAACUUCGAUUUCAAAUGAUUCUCAAUAACUUAAAUAGCAGCGGGGAUCUGCGAUCAAAAUUGGGAAGGCCGAAAACGAAAACACAAUAUCGCGAGCCUAUUCAAGUGGUGGUUACAAAUACAAAUGCAACAAAUUCGAAACGCAAUAAUACUGAAAUAAUCCGACAGCAAGGUCAUCAAAGUGUAAAAGACAUACAACCGUCGGAAAGAGAAGAGGGAGAAUGGCAGGAAUCGGAUGAAGAAAGCCAUGAAGAGGAAGAAAACAAAGAGGAGCAGAGGCAUGGCCAGCGUGGCUUAAUGAUAAUGGAAGAGAGAGAAGAAGGAGAAGAGGAAGAGGGUGAACACAAGGAGGAUGAAGAGGAUAGUGGCAAAGAAGAUAACAAUGUACCUGCAAGGGAGGUUCAAGGUCCUAAAGGAAGCGUGAUAAAGGUAGUCCCGCCCAAACCACGUAUUGCUUCCACUGUAUGGGCAAGAUUAAAUCAUGCAAAAAGUGAAACCAGUGACAGCUAUUUGAAAAAGAGGCAAUCAGGUAAUCGCGACUUGAGAAAUACCCUGAAAAGUGGUGAUCUGCGAUCACGUAUCGGAAAUCACACUAGAGGACGUUCUCCUUUAAGAAUAGAAGUUAAGAAUGAUAAAUACACAAAAGACGGUAGUGAUGGAAAGUGAUUUUCAUAUGAACUAAUUGUUCAAAAAUUCGAAACUUGUAAAAAAGUGUACUCAUUAUUCUAAUAUAUUGUUAUAAGACUUUUUCGUAAUAUUUUAUAAUAGCUACGGUGGAAUCGUUAUAAAUCGCACAUAGACUAUACGUAUACACAGGUAUAUAUAAUUUACGAUUUUAAUGAAGUUUUUCUUUUUUUAUCAUUGGAAAAAUUGCAAUUAUUUUUAUGCAUAUAUAUCAUGAGGAAAAAAAAUUAAAUCUUUAUAUAUAUAAAACUAUUAUUUUAAGCUAUAUAGUUAAUAAUCAAUCUUCCAAUAAUGACCAUUAUUGUUUUAUUUUUAUUAUUAGACAGAUAAUGAAUGCUUCUGAUGAUAUUGCAUGUAUAUUUGAUUCAUCGUGUAUUUACAAAUUAAUAUAUAUUUGUGCGGACAACCAAAUAUUUCGAUCGAGAUAUUUGUGUAAUUAUGAGAAAAGAAAAAUUUCCGAAGAGAUCUCUUUUAUGUUGUUUCGUAGUGCAAAACAUAAAGCAUGUAUCUUUUGCAUCAAGAGUAUCAGAUGAAAGUAUAGUUUCAUAAGAACAGCAUUGCAUUACUCGAAAUAACGAAUCGAGAUAUUUUGUAAAGGCAACUAAUGACCUAGGAUAAUACUCGAUGUUUAUUGUGAAAAAGGAAAAAAAAGUAACAAAAGAAAUAAAUGAUAAUUUGUA